GUGUUCCCUUCUCCUUCACCAUGUCUUCCCACAAGACUUUCAGGAUCAAGACGUUCCUGGCCAAGAAACAAAAACAGAAUCGGCCCAUUCCCCAAUGGAUUCGGAUGAAAACUGGCAAUAAAAUCAGGUACAACUUGAAGAGGAGAUAUUGGAGAAGAACCAAACUGGGCCUAUGAGAAAUCACACAUGAGAGAUGACUCACAUAUUUAUGCUGUAUCCAGGUUGCCUAUAC